UAUUUCUUCCUGUCCUAGCGUGCUCUUUAUCUCUCUCUUUAAAUCCCCACAAAAAUACAAAAAAUAUUCUCAAUUUCUCUCUUUCUAUCUCAAAAUUUUCACAUCCAUCUUCUUCAACCUCCAUAACAUUCCCUCUCUAAACCCUGUAACGUCUCACUCACCAUCAAUGUCAAAACCUCCACCCCAUCCUUCAUCCCACUCCCAUACCCAACACCAAGCACAGCCCAUUAAUCCAUCUAACUACUCUCAUAGCCCACCCCAUUACGCCGUCGCCCUCCACGACCACCACUCGUUAACUCGCUUCCUAUCAACCAUCCCUAAACUCGCUGAUCCAUCCCGAGUCAUCACCGAGUUAGACUCACUCCGCGAAGAGAAACUUGCUGACCAGAUCUCAUCCCUUCUUGACCGCCGUGAAGAUAUUCCAUUCCGUGAAACGCCACUCCAUUUAGCUGUUAGAUUAAACGACCCCGUUUCGGUUCAACUCCUUGCUUCUGCUGGAGCUGAUGUAUCGCUUCAGAAUUCUGCUGGAUGGAACCCAUUACAAGAUGCUCUCUGUAGAAGGAAAUUGGAAGUUUCUAGAAUUCUUGUUCAACAUCAUCAUUUAUCUGCUUGGGCAAAAUGGCGUCGUCGUCUUCCUAGACUACUUGCUGUUUUAAGAAGAAUGAGGGAUUUUUAUUUGGAGAUUCAAUUUCAUUUUGAGUCCUCUUUUGUUCCUUUUAUUGGCAAAAUUGCUCCAUCUGAUACUUAUCGAAUAUGGAAGCGCGACGGAAAUGUACGCGCCGACACAACAUUAGCAGGAUUCGAUGGAAUGAAAAUUCAACGCGCCGAUCAAAGCUUCCUUUUCCUCGGUGAAGGAGAUUCCGACAAAGAAAUUCCAGAAGGUUCUUUAAUAGUCUUAAACCGUGACGAAAAGAAAAUCUUCGACGCAUUCGAGAAUGCCGGAGCUCCAAUGUCCGACGAUGACGUGGCAUCAUUUUGUUCCCAAACAAGUGUAUACCGACCAGGAAUGGACGUCACAAAAGCGGAGUUAAUACCUCGAACAAAUUGGCGACGCCAAGAAAAAAUCGAAAGCGUCGAAAAAUGGAAAGCAAAAGUUUACGACAUCCAGAACGUAGUAUUCAGUUUUAGGUCGCGAAAAGUGAGUUCAAGAGAUGAACAAGUGCUUCCAUUAGAGCUUGAUGAAGAAGAAGGUUUUUUAGUAGCAGAAAACUUCGAGUUCAACCAUAGCGGCGAUCAUGAAAAGAGACGGCAUAGCAGUUUCGUUAGGGAGGAGCGAGAGUGGGUUUCAGUAGGAAGGAAGAGCGUAGAUAUCAACUUUGCGCCGUCGUCGACUAAACGAGCCCCGGAAAGGAGAAGAGCGUCAACGGUGAAUGAGACGACGGCGAGGAUUCCAGUGACAACGGAGGUGAAGACGAAGGAGAAAGAAUACGUCAAGAGUUUACGGCCAGCAGUGUGGUUGACGGAGGAUUUUCCAUUGAAAACGGCGGAGGUUUUGCCAUUGCUUGAUAUUUUAGCGAAUAAAGUUAAGGCUGUUAGGAGGAUGAGGGAAUUGCUUACUACCAAGUUUCCGCCGGGGACUUUUCCUGUAAAGAUAGCAAUACCAGUGGUACCAACAGUGAGGGUAGUAAUUACAUUCACUAAAUUCAUCGAGUUGCAACCAACCGAUUGUUUUUACACUCCGUUGUCAAGUCCAAGAUUCUUGAGCAACGGAAACAACCAUAGUCCAUCUGAAGAACGAGAAACUCACUCCACAACUGCUUCGACAUCUUUGUCAUGGCCAAGACGAAGCAAUAGUAGCCGAUCAUCUAACAAGUCACAACAGCAGCAACAACAGUGCCCCGAGGCAUUGAUUUCAGACCCAUUUGCUAUUCCUGAUGGAUACACAUGGGAAAGCAUCGAUAGUAAAAACAACCGCAAGGUGAAAAAGUCUAAAUCAGUGCGAAAAGCCAAGUAGAAAGGGCAAGUACAGAUAAGUUAGUGUAGUAGUUGCUAAUUUUGCUUUCCCCUCUUCUAAUUUUGUUGUCCAAGUUGCAUAUUGUUGUAGAUAUAACAGCUGAUAUUUUUCAGCCUUAGGCUGCUGAGAAAGAGAGCAAUGAAAUUGAACAUCGUUUCUACGGCGUUA